AUGUCGUCUUCGAGAUCUGAUCACCCAACUUUGGGCUACCUACCCCAGCCAUCGGCGGGGAUGCCACGCUCAGGGUCUUCGACCGCUAAUACAUCCCCCACAGAAGGUUCAAACGGAAGUGCCUUAAGAUCCCCUUUUCUUGGAGCUCUGAAUUCUGGUAAGAUGGCCGGAAACACACGAUCGGGGGCUGGUUCUCCGUCACAUGAGCUCGGCGGUGCCAGCAGAUUAUUCUCCAAGAGAGCUCGAGAGAUCCAGGCACAGGAGGGACUACUACCCAACGUUUGGGGUCCCCCAACCAGCGGCGGUUCCACACCCCUCCGCGAAAAUAUACCUGAAUCACCAACAGAUGGCUUCCCGGACUUUGCACAUCUGGCAGCUCCAGAUAAUCUGCCACAGACACGACGGGCACGAGCAGGCACCGUCCCUUCUCGUUUCUCUCCUGGAGGGUUGAAUGAUGGACUCGCACCCCUCCCGUCACUCGUCACUAAGUCUUCCCGUCCCACCCCCUCGCCGAGUCCUUUCAAGAGCCCAUCUCCAAACCUGAGCGAGAUUGGAGAUCAUACCGUAGUGAGCAAUGCUGCUCUCUUAUCCCGGCUACGUGCUGGCUCGAUGCCGCAACGCAGCCAGUAUGCCAAUACUAGCGGGCCGUUCGGACAAUCUGUGUUUGCAACAAGCUGGGCUACAGGACGGGAUCGCACAUCCACCCUUGCGAGCAUUCAAAGCCAAGGAUCAAAUGGCCCGGAUUCCCCGGCCCAGUCGUCUUUCUCCAGGGAGAAUGGAGAGAACGACAUGCAGAUGCGGACACUGGAUUAUCUUGGUCUGGCCGAUACUCCCACGACUCCCCGAGCAUCCGUGUCAAACCCGUUUUUGGCAAAUCUUAACCUCGCAGACCUCACGAGGCAAGCCAACCGAUUCCGAUCAUACUCAGUUAAUGCAAAGGAGAAAUACGCGGAAGAGGAAGAGGAUGAUUACGGAACUGGCCACAUGACGCCGUACGAGACGCAGCAGGCACAACUCCAGAUCCAGCUUGCAGCUACAAAUGCAGCAAUCCAGCAGCAUAAUCUCGCAGUUCAGGCGUACGCAAGCCAGGCGUCGGCGAAUAGACCGAGAGCUAGAACUGCUGGGGUUCUGGAAUCGCCUGGCACUAGAUUGCUUCGUAAUUACUACCCUACUGCAUCCCGACUGGACAAUAGCCUCACCGCUGCAGAUUUGAAUCUGUGCGAGUCACCAGAGUACGAGGGCCUGCCAGAAUCCGUUGCCGCUAUGAACCUGGGUCGAUCCAACAGCAGGAACGAUGGUAUGCUGAAUCCAGAUGAUAAUCUGGAGGGCCCCACCCGAGCACUGUGGCUCGGCAGCAUCCCAUCGUCUACCACUGUCUCGACUUUGACAGAGAUGUUCAAGUCCCAUGGGCCUAUCAUCUCUGCUCGUGUUCUCACCCACAAGAACUGCGGCUUUGUGAACUUUGAGCGGUUGGAGAGCGCCAUUUCUGCCAAAGCCAUGAUGAACGGGAAGGAGAUCUUCCCUGGUGCCGGACCCGUCCGGAUUAACUUUGCCAAGCCUCCUUCCCCGUCAGGCACCCCGGGUCCUGACAACGGGGCGUUCCCUUCCCCAAGUCCGGAUCCAUUCGCCAAGGGCCAGGAGAGUGGGAUGAAUGGACUGGGGCUAAAUGGAAAUUCCCCGGGAGUUAUCUCACGACCAGGUACUGCGGCGCUGAAGAUCCCGUCGCUUGCAGACAUGAAAUCGGAUAUUCUCGACAUCGUUGGAGAAUUCGGUGCUACUAAGGACGACAAAAUCAAGAUCUCGCACAGUCUACAACAGGCCAUCACCUACGACCAAUUCGAGUCGGAGAUCCCACCAAUUCCAGAGCCGGCCCACAACAGAAUUCAUGACGCCCCCAAGCUCCGGGAUAUCAGGAAGCGAAUCGACAACCAGAGCUGGUCAGCUGCCGAGAUUGAGGGCAUCGCCGCUGAUAUGUUGAGCGAGGUUGCCGAACUCUCUUCCGAUUAUCUCGGAAACACUGUCGUGCAGAAGUUGUUCGAACACUGCUCAGACGAUAUGAGGGAUAACAUGCUGACCGAGAUUGCCCCUCAUAUGGCGGAGAUUGGUGUCCACAAGAAUGGUACCUGGGCCGCUCAGAAGAUCAUCGACGUCUGCAAGACCCCGAAGCAGAUGGGCAUGAUCGUUGCGAAUCUCCAGCCGUACACGGUCCCGUUAUUCCUUGACCAGUACGGCAACUACGUUUUGCAGUGCUGCUUGAAGUUUGGCUCACCAUUCAACGACUUUAUCUUCGAGGCCAUGUUAAGCCAGAUGUGGGAGAUUGCCCAAGGCCGCUACGGAGCCAGAGCGAUGCGAGCCUGUCUCGAGAGCCACCACGCCACAAAGGACCAGCAACGCAUGCUUGCUGCAGCCAUCGCUCUGCACAGUGUCCAGCUGGCUACCAACGCAAAUGGAGCUCUACUCCUCACCUGGUUCCUUGAUACCUGCACCUUCCCUCAACGUCGUACAGUACUUGCUCCUCAGCUUGUUCCGCACCUCGUCCACCUAUGCACGCACAAGGUGGCAUACCUUACCGUUCUUAAGGUCAUCAACCAGAGGCUUGAGCCCGAGGCCCGCGACACCAUCCUCCAAGCUCUCUUCUUCUCCCCUAACCACGCUACCCUUGAAGCCAUCCUGUCCGACCAUGCUUGUGGUGCAACGCUGAUCUUUAAGGUUCUUACCACCCCCUUCUUCGAUGAGAGUAUCAGGCCCUCAGUUGUCGAAAACGUCCGCCUCGUUCUUCAACAAAUCAAGGCGCAACCCUCGCAAGGAUACAAGCGCCUCAUGGAUGAGGUUGGACUCUCGACCCGCCAAGGCAGCACUGGACCAAACCGUGAGAACUCACACUCCAAAGAGCGUCCACGGCCUGGCUCGAAUCACAGCCAGGUCAACGCUCAGAUCCCUGCUCAAUAUGGGAACCAGUUCUAUGGCCAGAUGCAACCGGGCUUUGAUAUGGGUUUGGGUAUGCAACGCACCGAUAGUAUCGACUCUAAUCUCGGAACUUACACCCAGAAUGCUGCUUACGGGCUGGCAAACCCUAUGUUUACUCCGGGUACCAUCCAACCCAUUAAUCUCCAACAGUUGCAGUAUCAGCAGUCGCUCCUCUCGCGCGCUGCGCCUCCUAUGAACAACUUUUACCCAAGUAUGCAAUCCGGGUUUGCUACGCCUUCUGCGGACCAUUUCCGAAACCAAGGCAUGAACUCGAGUCCGAUCCAGCCACCGCAACAGAUGAGUUCUGCAACCCUUCUUGGACAAGGCUUCGGUGCCCCACCGGGAUUUGGAAACCUCGGAAUGGGCAUUGGCUAUGGGUACGGCAUUAAUGGAAUGGGUGCCGGGCAAAUACCGGGCAUCAGCCUCGGCAAUGGCUAUAUGCAACAAGAGCAGCAGGUAAAUGGCCGCCGGGGACGAGUACGUUGA